AUGGCAACAUGCCUUAAAUCAAUUGUGUUCUUGCCACCUCUCCAAACACUUCAACAGAAAGUACCUGAUUGCUUUAAAAACUUUAGUGAUACAAGAAUUGUUCUCGACUGUACAGAAAUAUCUAUAGAAACUCCAUCAGCAUUACAAAAAAAAUCACUGACUUAUUCCAGCUACAAAUCCCAUAAUACUUUUAAAUCACUAGUUGGUGUAAGCAUGACAGGAGCUGUUGUUUUCUUAACAAAUUUAUGGGACGGCUCAGCAUCUGAUGUGGUGCAUAUUACAAGAAACUGUGGCCUUCUUGAACUUUUAGAAGAAGGUGAUGCUGUAAUGGUAGACAAGGGUUUCAUUCACAUACAGUCAGAUUUCAAAAAAAAAGGAGUUAAAUUGUAUUGUUCACCAUUCAUGUCCGCUAAAAGGAAUCAGUUUUCGAAAUCUGAAGUUGAGUGUACAAGGAUGAUAGCGUCUGCCAGAAUUCAUGUGGAGAGAAAAAUGGAGCAGAUCAAGAACUUUCGCAUCUUACAAGGAAUAUUACCCAUCAGUUUGAGUUCAAAGGCUAACGCCAUAUUUUUGGAGUGUUCUGCUUUAACUAACUUAUUGCCUCCAGAAGGCAUUCUCUCAAUGCAAUUUUGUAUUUAA